AUGCCCGAUAGCCCGUUUCGAACAGGGACACCGUCGAAGAUGCCAUCGGCGUUCGGGGAGAAGACCUAUAUGCCAAGAGUCAUUGAUAGGAAUCGUAGAGCUACAGUCACCACAUUUGACUUGGCACCGCUCCAGGUCAGCAAAGAAGAGCAUGAGAAGGAAAGGACGAGAUGGUUGGGGAAAAUGGAGGAAGUGGAGAAACGGUUGAUGGAUGCGGAAACUUUGAACUCUUCGUUGACGAUUAAUAAAGCGGAAUUGAAAAAGAAGAUUGUGGAGAUGGAAAAAGGACAACGCCCGAUGAUUGAUGCAAAUCGCAAACUUUCCGAUCGCAACAAGACACUACAGCAGGAGAUGAAAAAAGCCGAGCAGAGAUUCAGUCAUAGUCGGGACGAUUUCCUUACCCUGAAAGACAUUCACGAACGUCUACUGAAAGAGAAUGCCUGCCUCAAGGAGAAACGUGUAUCCCCCGAAAAAUUGGAAGAGCUCAGUCGCUACCGUGGAAAAGUUCUGGAAUAUUCUAAGUGUAUCACAGCCCUCCGCAGCUCUGCAUAUGAAAAAGACAAGCGAUAUGAAAUGUUGGUCCAGAAAUUCAAGCGUCUUCAGAAGUGUUUAAAGAAAAGUGAAAACGACGAUGACAGAAUGAGUAAUGGUGGAUCGGAUUGUUCGGCAGCCAGUACUGUCAGUCUUGAUACGAUUACAGAGGAUUUCGAAGAGGUUUUCGCCAAGGAUAUCGAGACCGACUAUCAAGCACUGUACAGAGAGAACGCCGAGUUGCAGCGUGCAUUAAAUGAACUCCAAUUGAACACAUCCGACCUUAGUGAGGAAAGUUUCCUACGCGACCAGAUCAGUUUCGCCAAUUCCACAAUCGAACAGCAACAACUUGUCAUCGACGCGACACAGGACAUGAUGUCCCAAACUGCCCAACUCAAAUCGACCAUCGCUGGUCAACAGGAACACAUUCGUUGUAUGGAAACUACAAUUGAUGACUUGAAACAACAAAUUGCGUCGCAAACCGAGAGAAAUGAUGUGCUCGAGUUCCAAGUGCUUGAGAUGGAGGAGAAUCAGAAACAUCAGGAAACGCUUGCCGAGAAAAAUACAAAAUUCGAGUCUGAAAAAUCCCAAUUGCUCAAAGAACUAAUCGAAGUCAAAAAGGCUCAUGCUGCUCAACUUGAAAAUAUUGCCUCUAUCAGAAAGGAACUUGAAGAGCACAAGUCUGCUGCUCCAGCCGCCAAUGCUUCAGUAUCCGAGUCAGAGAAAGUGAAGACCAUUCAAGAGAAACUAGAAAAAGCUGAAUCUGCCAAUGUUACAAUUAAUGAGGAACUAAGGUCGGCGUCGAAGGAACUUGGAAAGAUUCGAUUCCAAAUGCAAGGGAAAGAAAGCGACUUAACUAGAGAGAGAAAAAUGACAGAGGCUCUCAGCGCACAACUGCAAUCAGUAGUGUCCUCAUCUCAAGAAGAGGCAUUGAAAAAAGAAGAGGAACUAAAAAAGUUGAAGGCUACAGUUGAGCAACAACAAGCAGAUAUCGAGAAGAUGAAUAAUGACAAGAAGGAAGCUGACCAGAAAUACAAAACCCUUGAAAAAGAAUUCGCCGCAUUCAGAGACGAGCAACGGCCAGAGAUCAGAACAGAGUUGGAGAGAAGAUAUGAGGAAGCCAAAUACAGAUUGAAGAAUGCUCUAGAAAAGAUUCAUGACUAUGAACUGUUGUACGAGGCCGCCAAAAAAGCAGAGAAUGACGGAAAGAUUUCACAACAUCUGGAAGAGGAGCUGAUUGAGGUAAAAGAAUUCAAUGCACAUCUUGAACGGCAAUUCCAAGCACAAUCCGAUAUUAUCGAAGCGCUUAAGAAGAAGCUAUUGCAACACAGAUCGUUCUGUGACAAAAUUAACAAGCUGUCAGAACUAGAGGAUGCUAACAGAAUUCAGGAAGAAUUGAUUAUGUUCUCCAGAGAAAAUAAUUGUGAUGAAGGAAAAUUGGCAGCGAAUAUUGCACUUAUCAUUAAGGACAUCCGAAAAAACACAUUCUACUCGCCAUUGGAAAUCUCCACUGCACAUCAUAAGAUUCGCCCAUACAGCUCCGUUGACUCAUCGGCCGAGUGGCAAUCGAACAGCAGUGAAGGAAUCGUCUCGCCAGACGAGCAUGACGAGUAG